UCCGGUCACAUGGUGAUGACGUCACCCCCUCGCCCGGACUCCAGGGUGUUAUGUGUGGUGGUGGUCAUGGACAAGGACCUGGUGCGGCAGUGCCUCAGUUACCACGGUCCUACUCUGCUGUCCUUGGUAAAGAGUGAGCAGCAUGAGCACGCCGGCUUCAGGCAGCUGCUGGGGGAGCUCUCCAAGUGGCCGCAGUACAGGAAGGAAAGGAAUCUCGACAACAUUGAAGUUCAGCAGUUUAUUGCAAGGAAGGCAGAUCUGCUCUUUGCUCUUUCAUGGAAAUCUAAUGUUCGAGAAAAAGCCGAAUCGCAGGAAUCAUCAGAAGGUUGUUAUGCGGUCAUGCCCCCUUUGGAGCAGUUCAUGGAGGUCCCCAGUGGUCAGAAAAGUGAAUUGUUCUUUAGAGAUGUUGAACGCGGGGACGUUGUUGUUGGGAAAAUAACUUCGAUUCGUGAUUUUGGAUUCUUCAUGGUGCUGAUCUCCAUGGGCAGUGGCAUUUUGAGAGACCUCGAACCAUUAGAAAUAAGUGCAUUGUGUCCUCUUAGAGAUGUGCCUUCUCAGAGUAACCGUGGUGAUCCGUUAUCAUACUAUCAAAUUGGCGAUCUAAUUCAAGCUGCUGUAAAGGACGUUGACCGUUACAAUGAAAAGAUCACGCUUUCCUUGCAUAAGUCUUCGCUUCCAAGUCAUCUGUCCCAUUUAAAGCUUGGUGUUAUCAGCUCUGAAGACAUGCCAGACUACUACAAACACAGUACUGCCUUCUCCAGCAGCAAUGACACUUACGAAAAGGUCCUGCGGCAAUCUGUCGCAUUUUCCAACCCAUCUACUGUGGAAUUCCUCUUGAAUACUCUUGGAAUUGAUGAAACAAAGCCGCCAUCAUUAAUACGGGGCCUGCAGAGGGAGAAUUUUUGUGACCAAGAUUAUGCUCCUCCUUUAAGAAGAAAACAGUCGUCUUCAUGGGCAUUAAAGUGUGUGAAGAUAGGAGUUGAUUACUUUAAACUGGGUCGUCAUGUUGAUGCUAUGAAUGAAUACAAUAAAGCUUUAGAAAUUGACCCCAAAAACGUUGAAGCUUUGGUCGCGCGAGGUGCCUUAUAUGCUACGAAAGGCAGCUUAAAUAAAGCAAUUGAUGAUUUUGAAAUUGCCUUAGAAAACUGUCCCACCCAUAAGAAUGCAAGAAAAUACCUUUGCCAAACCCUUGUGGAAAGAGGCGGACAGCUGGAGGAAGAGGAUAAACUACUGAAUGCAGAAAGUUACUACAAUAAAGCUUUGACAAUAGACAAGUCAUUCACGGAGGCUGAGGAGGCACUGAACAAAGUGCGGCAAUGUAUACAGAAAUCUUUGGAAAAAAGAGAGAAACAUGAAGAAAUGGAGGAAAAAGCUAAAGAAAUGAAAAUAGAAACCAGUGCAGAGAAAUUGCGUAAACUGCUAAAAGAAGAGAAAAGAAAGAAGAAACGCAAAAGAUCCUCCUCAUCAUCAAGUACUUCGUCUUUGGAGAGCUCUUCAUCUUCUAGCCAUAAAAAACACAAGAAAAGGAAGAGAAGUAGAAAGCAUUCUGCGUCGUCAAGCCGUUCAAGAAAGCACUCAUCCAGUGUGUCGACUCGUGAAGAUGAACCGCUUACCCCACCCGCAGACACUUCUGCCUCUUUUCUGAAACAAGAUGACCACAGGCUUUGUGACAGUCGAGAUAAGUCUCGCAGAAAAUACCUGGAAUUCAAAACAAGGAAUCGAUCCCUGUCGUCUUCAUCUUUGGAGUAUAUAGAUCCUGUUGGAGGUAGGUCUGAAGAUUCAAGAGAUUCAUACAGUAGUGCAAAAACUCAUGCUACUGGUGGCACAUCAAAAAGUGCAACCUCAACCAGUAAGUAUAGACCUGGUAAAAGAGAUUCCACAGACUCAUACAGCAAAAGAACAGAAGUGAAGCACAGAGAUGACACUAAAGCGUCAUUCAGUCAAAAGUCUGAUUCUUAUCAAAGUAAGUAUUCUGUGUCAGACUAUGGAACCAGUGACAGAAGGUCUAGUGGGAGUAGUAGUAGAUCACAUGAACAGUCUCUCAAAAGAAGUGCAAAUACAUCUCCUAAAGAAUCCCAGAAUGGUAAUACGGCCGCCAGUAAGGCUUUACCUGGCAGUUUGUUGAAUAUUCUCAACCAGAUUGCUGAGUUUAAGAAGGAGAAAGAGGUUAAACAAACAUGUAAAUAAAACGUUCUUCCUUUGUUACCAUGAGCCUUUAUUUUGAAAGAGAAAUUUUAUGCGUUUAUAAUGAGAAAAUUCAGAUUAUAUCCACAGUGUCCUGGAUUAUGAACUGGACAAUGUGCUUUUUUUUCCUUAUACAAAGACACUGCCUUUUCUGGGGUUACACUAUAUUUGUAAUAUUUUGUCUUUAUGAUACUACGGUGCUGCAUGGAAAGAACACAACCCAGGAGUGAGCUAUUGUGUUAUUGACCACCAUUAAGACAAUACUACACUAUGGUCGAUGGCCUUUUUAUGUACAACUGUGCACUUUCUAGUGUCUUCUGACACCAUCUGUGGUGCACUAUUGUUACCGAUUUGUUAAUAAACUCCAGAUCAUAA